AUGAACGAUGUCUCUCACGACGAACCAUCGACUUGCCGCUUCACCACGGGGCUCUUUUGUGAUUCCGAUACGUGCAGACAUGCAACAUGUGCUUUCCCUCAUGACCGGCCCAGGGCGACACACAUCGCCGGCGAAGCAAACGAAACACUCGAAGGGAAUCCGACGUUGGGAAACGCCCAAGAGUCCGUCGGAGGAGACCAUCCGCGGAUCGAGCUCGACAAAAACCUCAGGAAGCUUCCUACGCCCGUGUCGAUUUCGCACGCGUCAUCCCUGCCCGCGAUCGGCGGCUCUCCUCCUACGUCGAAAUCCAACCGAUGCGGAAUCCUCUACAGCGUCCUCCGACCUGGCGGUGCUACUUCACCAUAUGCUCCUCCCUCCGCAACAGCACAGCACACGUCCGUGACGGAUCCGCCAGGACUUUUCACGUCGCCGUCAAGCAACAACUUGUUCUACCACGGCGGGACUAGGGAAGCUCAGUGGAGAAGCCCUCUGUCCCAGCUCGUUGCAUGA